AUGUCCAUGUUUCUUUCGAAGUUUCUUUCAGGAAGAAACGUUGCAAAGACAAAAUUAGAGCUGUUAACAGAAGCUUGGACAAACAUACAAAAAUACUACGAAACAGCUGAUGGUAUAGUGUUUUUAAUACGAGGUUUUUUCCCUUUAUAUUUUUUAAUUUUUGGUGAAAACGAGGGAGAGAAGAAAGAAGAAAAAAGAGAGAGAGAAAGAGAGAGAGAAAAUAAAAAGAAAAGCGGCACUAAUAAGAUUGAAAUAGAUCCUCUUAAAGAUGCGGUCGACCUUACUCCGAUUCCUUGCAGUUUGCAAAACAUCAUCAAACUUAUUCAAGCAGAAGAGGUUGAACAUCAGCGUCCCAGUGGUAGCUUAGAGACAGGUCCAUGUCUGGAAUAUUUACUUCAAAAGCGCGUUCUGGAGGAAUUAGUAGAGUUUGCCAAAGUAGAUGUAAAUAUACAAAUCGGUGUAUUGACGGGAUAUACGCCCUAUGGCAUGCGUAUCCACUGUCUACGAUUUUUCUGCAGUCUAGUGACCAAUGUACAAGCUCAGCUGCUACCAGAAAGAGCUGUACAUGUGCCAUUACAAAAAUUGAUAACCUCAUGUCACAGAUUGAUUGCUCAUCACUACGAACAACUGACAACAGAUGCUGAAGCAUGCUCUGAAGAAAGGAUUGCAGCCAUAUCCGAGCUAUCACUCGAACUUGUCAAAUUGAUGCAUGGUGUCUUUUCUCAUUUUAAAGGAGCUAAUGCCGCCUUGAUGGAUCUAUUCUUUGAGAGAGGCUGGUGUCGAGGGCUAGGCGAAAGUGUCUGGAGAAGCUCUAAAGACGGGAAAACAUUGCAUAAGCGCCGAGAAAGUGUUGAAGAUAAGAUAGCAUGGAACAUGUUUUUGACGCCGCGCUUCGACAUGUUUACGUAUCUGAUUGAUUAUAUGAAUAUUCCUGGAGAAACAGGCGAAAUCGCACGAGAAGCUAUACUAUUUGCGCUUCGUCUGCUUGAUGACGAUCCAGAAUACGUCUGUUAUAUAGUUGAAUAUUCUGGCUUAUGUGAAGUGAUGGCCGAAAGACUUUCACUCUAUUUUGCUAGUUUGCCCAAAAACGCAGGCGCAUUCACUAUUUCAGAAAACAACCGUGUCAUCCCAGCACGGCCACCCAGACGAAGCAUUCGAUUCUCAGUUCCCGCAAUGAUUACUAACAAUAGCUUGAUGAUUACAGUCAACGCACAAAAUAGCUUCAAGAAGAAACGCAGAAAGCGAAGUCCAUUUGAUUAUAAUUUUGUAAAAAUGCUAGAGUCGACGAUAGACAAGAAUCGCAUUGUGGAUGAUUUUUACAGUUUUUGGGAGUAUCUAAAUGAUGUGGCAAGAGUAGCAGAAAAGAGAUUGAUGACAGCUCUGAUGGCACAGUUAACAACUAUGUUCUGGCACCCCGUUGUCUGUACUGGAUUAAGCUCCCCAUCUGCAGAGAUAGCAACGGCAGCAACCGCAUACACAACAGAAAUGAUCCGCUGCCUGACGGAUCAGCGACUGUUACAUGUUUUCUUGGUUGUGCUCAUAAGUGAGGAAGGUGGCGUUGGUAAAGACAUUGAGCCAGAGCUAAAGACGAAUAUACCCAUCCAUGAUCUCAUUGACGACGAUCGCGAUGACGCCUCUCAGGCAACGGAUGAUGAAUUUAGAGCGACUGAUGACACCGCUCCGUCCUCUCCUGAGGCAAAGCGAACAUCAAUCAGCGGUAACGAAGAGAUGACAUUGAGACUACUCCUGAUCAACCGUCUGGAUACUGAGAAACAAGAACUUGUGCUGGCAACCUUACGAUUAUUUGAUACUAUACUUGAAACAUACAACCAGUUCGCCAUCUAUAAUUUGGUGCUUCGAAACUACCUUGAUAUAUCUCCAGAAGGAGAAUACAUUGAUGACACAAAAGACACAACAGAUACUUCAUCGCUUGGAUCUAAAGUAGUAGAUGAUCGUGGCAGUGUUACAACAGUAGAGGAUCAGCCAAGAGCAGAAGAAAGCACAAGUGGAGAAAAAGAGACCUCGCAGAAGGAAAGUAAGAAUGAAAAAGUUCGAUGGCUAGUAGAAAGAGUGCUUUCGCUUUUACCGUUAGAGGAUGAAUUGGAAAGAAUGAAGUCACCGCUACUAUCAAGCGUGAUUGCAUCUGAUUCGCUUCCGUCUGCAAACGAAGACGGCAAGAAUCCAUAUCUUGUCGUUCCUGGAAAUAGCUAUGAUGACUAUUUUCAUGAGGCACAAGAGCGAUUCCAUUACGCUUUGCUUGCCAAAAACUUUUGGCAAUCACCUUAUCCACCUGUCAAGAGUAAAAAAGAUAUUGAGCGUGAAGCAGAAGAUCGAAAGGGUCGACCGAAUCGACCCAAGAGCAUGAUGGCUGUUAACAGCAGCAAUGACACUACAGCAGAUCAGAUGAGCAUAUCGAGUACAGUGACGAAUACAACGACAACAGUGAAGAAGUCAGAAACCUAUGAGGGCUUGUUUCUUAGUAGAAUCUUUGAUCAGUUUUGCAAAAUGCUGGAAUUACCAGUAGAACAAAAUUUACUGGUGACAAGUAUCUUACAAAAGCUGGCAGGCGUUGUAGAUAAACGUAUGGACGGAGUGAUUUGUGACUGGAGAUCCAUUCGUGUCGGUAAUGAUGGUGCGUUGUAUGGUGGUGUCUGGACAUUACCCAGCUCUAAAGUAAACAGACGCACCUUGUAUGCUCUUCUGGAACAGAUCACAUUUGAAGCACUGAAACGAGCACAACUCGUUCCCAACUUUGAAACUCGUAUUUCAUUAGCAAAGAAGCGCGGUAUGGUAUCCGGAACUACUGAUACCCAAAGCGUCUCUUCCCACAUUGAGCGCUCAUCCGGUUCACUUCGAAGAGAAAACAGCCCUAAACUGAAUGGUGGUAGUACCCAUGCAUCGCUUUCUAGGAAAGGAACUCAGAGCUCAAAGCAUCCAGGAAACCUUACAAAACUCGUCUUCAACAAGGGUUCAACGUCAACACUACUGCCUUCUUCCCCCCGAAGCCCUUCAUCACCAUCCGGCACGAAGUCAACAGGUCUUCUGCCAUUAAGAAUAACCAAAGACAUGGGUCUUGGUGGUGGAAUGGGAUCACCUAGCUCUCCCUCGUCUUCGUUCUUCCAAAACAGCCAGAGGUCGAAUGCGACUCCAGUGACAAUGACUAACCCAUUUGCGAAACUUGCCAACUUUGUUAAUUCAUAUAUUGUGCUGCAGGAAUUUUGUAAAGAACUUGCGGCUGUUAUCUUGGUUAGACAUACAACUAACUAUAACGAAAUUGGCUUUGUGAGAUACCAAGAGCAGCGUGAAAUGAGCAUGAUAGAUCCUGGAAACACAGAGUUGCCAUCUUAUGCACAUACUACUCAAGAGUGGCUGAUGGACGAAAUCUUGGAUGACGAAGAAGAUAUGCACUACAAGCAAAGAAACUUUGAUAAAUGGAAGAACAGAAUAUCGGUUGUGUCUACCAUAGCGGAUUGGCGUAGUGUGAGAAGUUUGGAUACCAUCGAUGAAGCGAUUACUGCGAGAGUGCCUUUGAAAACAACUGGUUCUACAGAAAGGAAUUAA